UGUCCUUACAACAGACUGUCCAAAAUAAGGAAGAAUCAUUCCUGAUCAUGUCUGAUUCAUCCAAGAAAAAUAUCAGGGAAUCUAUGACCCCAGAAAUGAAAAAGAAACAUAUAUUUGGGGAGCUCAUAAUAAAAGAAAAGGCUGAUAAACAUUAUGAAGCUGGUGUUGGCGCCAUAUCACAGUCUCAGUUUGACAAGGCUGUGUCCUGUUUCUCAAAGGCCAUCCUGCUCCAGCCACAGCAGACUGAGUUUUAUGUCCAGCGAGCUGAAGCAUAUCUUCAACUGUGUGACUUCCAGUCAGCAGCACUAGAUUACAAACACGCCUGCAGUCUCCAACCACAAACUGAGGCCUACCCUCAACGACUUGCCUUCAUAUACUACCUACAGGGCCAGUGUCUUUUUGAUUUGGGAAAGUUUCUGGAGGCUCUGGAUUCUUUCACGAAAGCUGCAGAACUUAAACCCAGCUUCCGGCCCUAUCACAUGAGAAGCUUGGCUUGUCUGACUGCUCUGGGCCGUUACUCUGACUGUCUUCGGUUGGUCAGUAACUGGCUAGAGACGGACAGCCAGUCAGCUGACCUCUUCAUUCUGAGAGCUCGUCUUCACCACCAGCUCAAUCAGAUGACUUUGUGCUAUCAUGAUUUGAGGUCAGCACUCAGGCUGAAACCCUGCUGUCCGGUUGCACAUGCACUGCUGAAGAGGCUAAAGGAAGCAGCGGAGAAUGCCCAUCAGGCAGCUGUUGAUAAGGCAUUGAAGGGAGAGCUUUCAGAUGCACUGAGGAAAAUAAACAACGCUCUGAAGUAUAACCCCCAUAAGGCACAUUACUACCUCUUUAGGGGGAUACUUUAUCGACGCCUGAGAGACUUCACUGCUGCCGUUGAGGAUUUAGUUCUUGCUGCUGAAUUCUGUGGGGUUGAAGAAGAACCUCCUCAGGAACGCACGCAAGACGACUCCAAGGAUUUAGAGGAAGACGCUCAGACACAACUGGCGCUCACAUAUAAUGAUUUUGCAAUUCAGUGCUUCUCCCGGGGUCUGCAAAGCGAAGCCAUUAAACUGCUGAACAAGGCCAUAGAGAAACUGAGAAAUGCAAGUGAGCUGUUCAUCAACAGAGGAGAUUGUUUUUUUAAGCUUUGUGAGUGGAGCUUUGCUCUGGCUGACUAUCAGCAAGCAGAGGAGAUGGACCCUGACAACAUGGUUAUCUGGCUACGACUUGCUGUUAUUCACAACACAAUGGGUCUGCACAGCUAUGACGACAAGAAGUACCAGGAAGCAGCAGACAAGUUUUCUGUUGCAAUACGGUACAACCCUGGUGAAGUUCAUUACUAUGAAAAUCGGGCCAAAGCUUAUUACAAAGUGGCCAAAAUGGAAGAGGCCAAGAAGGAUGCCAUCAGUGUUCUUAUCUUAGAGCCCACCAAUGACCAGGUGGUGCCUUUGCUGUUGAGUCUGCUCCCAGGAUGCUCCUUGACUGAUAUUAUGUCCUGUGCUACUGCACAGUCAGUCAAAACCCUGCUGGUGGAAAAGAGUCAAGCAUUCAAAAUGGCAGGAUCCAAGGUGUCAAGAAUUGGCAGGAUGGCCCUUGCCAAAGACGACAGCCAAUCACAAACUUCCUCACAGAAGCUACAAGCUGAGGAUGAUCCAUAUGUCACUCCAGAGGUGCACUGCAAACUAGUCAAGAGAAAACAGUUGAAUCAAGCUGUGAAAAGAGCCCUGCAGCAGAGGCAGCCCCUGGACUAUGACGGGCCCCGUCUGGCCCCUAUCCACCCUGUACAUGAGGAGUCUAGCGCUCGGCAACAGGCAUAUGUGUGGAGGAAAUUUGGGGGCUUUGGGCUCAAUUGUUGAAGACUAUUUGGAAUGAAUCUUCUGGUGACUGGGUAAUCUGUUACUCCCAUAAUAAUUUGGGUUUACUGAAGUAAAAACUUAACGCGAUGCUUCACUCAAACACGAUCCCAUGAUUCUCAUUUUCUCACCAUCAUGUCAUUCCUAACUUGUAGGACUUUAUUUCUUCUGUGGAGAAACAAACAAAGAUGUUUUGGAGAACAUUAGAGUCCAAACAUCAUUGGACCCCAUGUCUUUCUCUAUAUGGACAAUUUUUUUUAAUGUCUUCUUUUUUGUUCCACAAAGACAGAAACAGGUCGGAACCAUAUGAAUCAUAUAUGAUAUUUCCUUUAAGAUUAGAGAUUAUUUUGGAAUUAUAUUUGAUUUAGUUCAUUCUUUGCUAUAAUUCAAUGGGAGUUGUUUUGUUCGGAGCAGCUGUUGCUGCUCAGAGGUCCUCAGCAGCUGGGGAAACAGCUGAGAAAGUGAGUGAGAGAAGAAAGCUAGAGAGAGAGAGAGAACAGUAUAAAAACACCACUGGCAGCUGAUCCCAGACUUUUAUCACAGACACUUACACUCCCUUGCUAAUAGUGCAACACAUGUUUUCAGCCUCUAGAGAAGACAACCCGAGAUUGUUUGGCAUGGUAAUAAUGGAACAAUCAGACAUAAUUUUCUGACAUUUAUU